AUGCUCAUUCUGAAUGACUACAAGACCUUCUACAUGAAGUCCAAGUACCGCCAGGACACCUACCAGGUCAUGAAGCACAUGAAGAUCUCGGCUUCGUUGGACAAGGGCACCCCCAACAUGGAGAAGUGGAACAGCCGGGUCAAGAAGGAGAUGAACGACUGGCUGGCCCUCUACCGUCGCCAAAACCUGUCCGUCGGAAGGCAGAGCUACUACUCCCUGUACUCUGCGAUCAACACGCUAGCGAGUCACUUCACUUCCUACGGUGACUUGGCCGCCAGUUUUCCAAUGGUUGCCCUUUCCUUUUCUGCGAAGAUACUGCAGUUGUCGGCUGCUUUUGUGAGGUGCUCGCAACGGACUAGUGCUUGGGCUUGUAUCCCCAAACUUCGAAACCUACCCUAA